AUGUCGACGAAGCAUGAUUCUGAUAAACAAAGUCAUUCGCAUGGCAAUAUAGGCGGAGACUCUAAGCACCAUCAAGGUAAUGAACAUAGCCAUGAACACAGCUUACUCGGACAUUCCCAUUCACAUUCACGUCAUCAACCGAAUGAAUUUCUUUCAGUAAAUACAGACACAAUUAAGCACAAUCCAGCGGUCCGUAUCACCUGGAUCGGUUUAUUGGUAAAUGUGGCAAUGGCAGUAUCCAAAGGGGUUGGUGGUGUGUAUUUCCACUCCCAGUCGUUGAUUGCAGAUGCAAUUCACUCAAUUUCUGAUAUGUUUGCUGAUUUUUUGACGUUGGCUACAGUCAAUGUUGCACAGAAAGUUGGAUCGCCUACCCAUUAUCCCUUAGGAUAUGGAAAAGUCGAAACUAUUGGUUCGGUACUAGUUAGCGGAGUUUUAUUAUUUGCUGGUGUUUCAGUGGGCUGGUCUUCAUUGCUACAGGUAUUUGAAUUUGCAUUGCCAGCUUACAUGUUUGAGUACGUUUCUAUGAUUCAGAUUGGUCAUUCCCAUUCCCAUGCUGGAUUGGGAGGAGAAGUCGAUAGUCAUGGCCAUGGUCAUAGUCAUAUGAGCGGUGGAGCACCAGAUUCAUCCAUAGUACCGACUUCAAGACCAAUCCCUAACAUUAAUGCUGCUUGGUUAGCUGGUGGUUCUGUUAUUGUAAAAGAGCUUCUUUACCGUAAGACCAUGAAAAUUGCUGUUGAAACCAAUUCUAAGGUUCUUGUUGCCAAUGCUUGGCAUCAUAGAGUUGAUUCUUUAACUGCAGUGGUCGCAUUAUUGACUGUGGCUGGUGGUAAUAUAUUCAACGUUGCAUGGUUGGAUUCGAUUGGUGGAUUGUGUGUUUCGGUGUUGAUCAUUAAAGCUGGUUGGGAUAGUUUCAAGACCUCAAUAUUUGAAUUGAUCGACAAGGGAGAAGAUGUUGAAAGUGAAGUAUUCUCUAAAGUUCACGAUAUAGUAACAGAAGAAAUUAAAAAUGUCGCUAACAAUGAAUUCAAGAUUGAUAAACUAUCCGUCCUAAACUCUGGAGCAAUUACCAAUAUCUAUAUGACUCUCUCAACGUCGAAAGAAUUUCGACUUAAAGAGCUCAACCAAAUAGAGUCGAACUUAGUAACAGCCAUUAAAGCAGAUUAUGAAUUUGUCAGAAAUAUUUUUAUCUUAUUUAAGGAUUCUGAGCAGCAGAAAAUCUCUCAAGAACGUUCUACGGAGUCUUCUCAUGAACAUACAAAAUAG